AUGGUACAGAUCUUCCAUUCUAAUGGGCAAUUCACUGGUCUCCCCCACGAGGAUCCUCAAAUCCAUGUUAAGACCUUCAUAGAUAUUUAUGAUACAUACAUCCCAAUUGGAGUCUCAUCAGACUAUGUGAGGCUGGAGUUGUUCCCAUACUCAUUGUUAGGAGCCGCAAGGCAUUGGUUAGAUUCUAAGCCACCAAACUCCAUCACUACUUGGGAUUGUCUAGCAAAAAAGUUCUUGAGUCGAUUCUUUCCAUCCAAGAAAACCGCUAAGCUGAGGGGUGAGAUAAUAUACUUUAUUCAAAAGCAAGGGGAGGACAUGUACCAAGCAUGGGCGCGUUUCAAACAAAAGUGUAAUGCUUGCCCACACCACAUGCAAACUAAUGAGGUACUUUCUCACACUUUCUUUGAGGGUUUAGACUAUGAUGCUCAUGCUCUUCUUAAUAGUGCAGCAGGGAACCAAGGAUAUGAGGGGGAAAUGUCUAGAACCACAACCCAAAAGGUUGCAGGGAUUUUAGAUGUAGACCAAGCUACUGCCAUAAAUGCCAAAUUAGAUGCAAUGCAACAUAACAUGGCCCUACAUUUUAAACAGAUGUCUCUAAAUCAGGCACCGAUAAACAUUGUACAACAGGCUGCAAAUUGGUGUGAGGUAUGUGGUAGUGGAACUCAUGCAACUAAGCAAUGUGAGGCAAAUCCAGAUUCCGUAAAUUAUGUGGAAAAUUCGCAAAGAGGUGGAGUUCAACAAAAUUAUGGCAAUGCUUACAACCCUAGUUGGAGGAACCAUCCUAACUUCUCAUGGGAUGGGAAUCAGAACCAAAACUAG